AAUAACCUUUGUCAUUUCCAUUUUGUAAUUUCACUAUCCCGUUUUGAGCAAGAAAUUGCAAAACCUAACCUCUGCGUAUGUAUGCGUUGCCGGAAUUUACCGAAGAACGGGCAAAACAGAGAGCUAUUCCAAUAUUUAUCGCUGAUAAGAUACAAAUUUGAAGAUAGAUAGCGAUAUUGAAUAUGUCUUCGAAUAAGAGUGAGGAGAAAUCUCAGGCCGCGGCGGAGAGAAUUAAGGCAGCGGCGUUGACUGCGGCGAAGGGGUUGAGCCGUGCGCAGGCGGAGCGGGCAGCGGCGGCGGCUGCGCGGAACGUGAACGCGUACGGGCAGAAGGAGGAGGGGCCGAGCCGAUGGCAGGAAAAGAGGGAGGCGAAGCGUCAGAUGUAUCUGAUGAGCACCGAGAAGGCCGUGAAAUUGGGCGAAAGGAAGGAUCUCAAGCCUUCGAGAUCCGCUUCCGGCGGCGCCGCGCAGUGCCAGAAGUGCUUCCAAAGUGGACACUGGACUUACGAGUGCAAGAACGAGAGGGUUUAUAUUUCUAGGCCUUCGCGGACGCAACAGCUUAAAAACCCUAAAUUGAGGGUCGAUACGCCUGUGACGUAUGAUUUGGAUUUGGAUGGCGAUGUUCCUGAUGGUGAUGAUAAGGAGGAAAAGGAAAAGAAGAGGAGGAGGAAGAAGAAGAAGAGUGAAAAGAAACGACGUCGUUAUGAUUCAGAUAGUGAUAGUGAGAGCGACAGUGGGAGUGAUGCAUCUUCUGUCUCCGGAUCCGAAUCUUCCUCUGAGAGUAGUUCGGGUUCUGAUUCGGAGGAAGAACGGAGGCGGAGGAGGAAGAAGCAGAGGAAGAGAUCAAGACGCAGCCGGAGGAGUUAUAGUUCGUCCUCAGGGUCGGAGUCCGAUACAGAUCCUGGUUCUGACUCUGAUUCAGAUGAUAAGAGCAGCCGGAGGAAGAAGAGGCGUAGUCGUAAGCGUUGAAUGAGAUCGUGGCCAGAUCCAUGGAGACAAUCAUCAAGAUUCUGCGAUAUGGUGGUUGUUUAUGAUUUGGCAAUGGGUGCUCAAGAAGUUGGAUGAUUUUUGCAAUUAAAGCUAUCUUAUAAUUCUGUGGUACUUUCACACUCAUUUUUGUUGCCCAAGAACAAGUCUUGUCACUACUACCCUUUGACACAAUGUCAUCGAAGAUCUUGUCACUCUUUAUUCAUUCGUCAAAGUUUAGCCGCUGGUCCUGCUUGUCCUUUUCCGUGUCCAUCCCUUGUUUCAUCGUUAGCAUCUCUGCUUUGUAUAGCACUGGUUUCAAUCUCAGUUUGCAUUUCUUGUGUCAAGGUAGUAAACCAUUCAAAGACGCUGCUACCAUAACCGUCUUAAAAAAUCUUUAUAUCAAGCUAUGGGAAAUGACUCUCAAUUUUGGCUCCAAACAUAGAACCAAUGUAUUGCAACACCCUACAUGUUCAUAAAUGCUUAUUGUAAGUUAUGGAAUAAAUGAAUUUCUUGUACCUCGAAGAAUUUAGCAAUCCAACCGAUUGGGUCUGCCCCCACAGACACUGGCAACUCUGCCUUCUUAGCCCAGAUGUGUGUUUUCUCCAUCUCUAGCACUGGCACUCUCCUGAAGAUCUGGCUGGCACUUGCUAAAGGGGAAGAAUGCAUAGCAGCCAUUUUUUUUGGUGUAACCCAAAUUGUGGCUACCGUUGUGGGGACUAGGGACUCUUCGUAACUUGGUCAAGCAAAGGUUCAACAUAGGGGGAUUCAGUAUAUCAUAUUCUUCACUCGUGGAUAUUUUUGCUCACUGGUUAUAAAAAAACAACUAUCCGCUCUCGCUCUUUAAACAACAACCAAUUAUUGUUGACAUAAUUAAUGAUCUAAUCCUUUAGUUUGUGGGUUAUUAAAGAAGCUUGCAUUUAGUUGGUGAGCUCCUGAAUAUUUAAUUAAACAGUAAUGAUUAGUAGUCGGGAGGACGUGUAUCAAUAGUCAUGUAUGUUUGGAUUGAUUUCAUUGUUUAAAAUAUGUUGUUUAAUGUUUGUUUGGUUUAA